UGUUGGCGUGUUGUGGUCUCCGCAAGGCCUGCUAUCUCUGCUAGUCAGCUAGCUACUCUCAUCUCAUUCAACUUAUGAAUUUAGCUAUAUAUUAGUAACACAUAAUGGGGGGAAAGAACAAACAGCGAACGAAAGGAAACGUUAGGCCUUCUAGCAGUGGUCGAGCCGCCGAGCUGUUGGCCCGGGAGAGCGGUGUCGUACCGGGGUUCAUUGGCUUCGGCUCCACGGUCACGUCAGAGUUGGGUUAUGUCCCCGCAGUCCACGGAGUUGAGGAGAUAGACAGCCUAGUAGAUGCUGAUUUUCGUCUAGUCCUCAGGAAGAUGUCGAAGAGAGAUACGGUCACCAAGCUGAAGGCGAUCCAGGAGUUUGGUACUAUGUGUCAAGAGCGAGAUGCCGAGGAGGUGAAAGGUGUCCUCCCAUACUGGCCGAGGAUUUAUUGCAAGAUAUCAGUGGACCAUGAUCGGCGCGUGAGAGAGGCCACCCAACAGGCCUUCGAGCAAUUGGUCCUCAAAGUGCGGCGCAGCCUUGCCCCCUUCCUGAAGGGCCUAAUGGGCCACUGGCUGAUGGCCCAGUGUGACACCUAUGUUCCCGCAGCCUCAGCUGCCUGCCUGGCCUUCACUGCUGCUUUCCCUCCCAACAAACAGACAGAGGCUCUGAGUUUCUGCAGGGACGAGAUCCUCAAUGUGCUACAAGAUACUUUGCUAAAAGAAACGGCAGACACCUUGAGUGACCCAAAGAGUGUCCCAGAGGAGGAGAGGGAGACUAAGUUCAUCCGCAUGUUGACCAGCUCUCUCCUGGGAGUGAAGAAGCUGCUGCACCUGCUGCCGGACAGUGACCGGAACCUUCUGGAAGACAGACUGACGCAGCUCAUCAGCUCCGCCAAAUUCUGGAAGUACAGCAAACAUAAAACACCACAGGUCCGCGGGGCGUUGUCCGAGGUGGUGUCCGCUCUGUGUCAGUACACCCCUGGCCUGGUGCACAAGGAGGCUGCGCGGGCCUCGGCCGCCGUGCUGCUCAGCAUCGAUGACACUGACCCGGUGGUACUGCCCCCCCUUUGGGAGGCCGUCCUCCACGUGGUCACCACUAUCCCCGAUUGCUGGACACAUGUCAAUGCCCGGAAGGGCUUCUUACCAAAGCUCUGGGCUCUACUGAGGGCUGGCGGCGGGGGCAUGGCCAAAGCCCUUCACCCAAACCUGAUGCCCCUAGUCAGCAGACUGCCCGCGGAGGUCACACAACCAGCCCUAGACUUCUACACCACCUUCUUCACCUCGCUCAUCCAGGGUUUGUCUGCUGAGCGGGCUCUGACCAGCCCAACAGAGAGCGCUGCUAUCGUCACUGCCGUGGUGGAGUGCAUGAGGUUCAGCGUUAUGCAACACACAGAAGAAGGGGAAGAGCAGAGGAAAAUACAACAGAUGCUCAUUUCACAGCAGCUUCUGCCGCUAUUGGAAAGUGCUGUCGGGAACCCAUCCCUGCAGAAUGGCCCCCUCUUCCUCUUGGUUACGGAAAUGCUCAUUUCCUGGGAGAAGAGGGCGGGUCUUCAUGGUGGCGAUGGAUCCCAAGAAGGGGCGGAUAUAUAUCAAACUCUCCUGGGAGACUUUUGGGAGGGGAUUGGUCUUCUGCUGAUCGGGUUCGUUGACACCGAAGAAGCAGAUCCAAAGGCUCUUGAGGGCGUGGCCACCCUGCUGCAGGUGAUGCGUUACCCCGACAAGGUGACGGGACGGAAGCAGGGCCACAAGAAGAAAUCGGUCAAAAUCUGCCUCUCGGAGCCCGGGGACGCGGAUAGGAACGGGGCGGAGCGAGGCGGCAGGGACGAGCCGCCGGAGGGAGAGCCCCAGCAGAAGAGGCUGGUGGGGUCGCUGGAGAGCGAGCGCCUGGAGGCGGUGGUGUGCCAGCUGGCCCAGCUGUGUCUAGUGUACGUGAACGAGAAGCAGUCGGAGAGACACCUGGUCUUCCUCUCCCUCCUCCUGCGCUCCUUCCACACGCCCAGGGUCUUCGCCAUGCUGAUGGAGUGUGAAGAGGGUGAAGAACAGAGCCUCCCGGCGGUAGAUUUGAAAAACAUGGCGAUGCGUUUCCUGCUGGAGCGGGUGGUGGCGUGGCUGUCUGAAGAGGGGCGGAGCCAAAGUGACCACCUGGUGGACAUGAUCUUCAGCUCCCUGCACUGCUGCAGCCCCCAGGAGACCCCCCGCAUCCUAAACCACAUCACCAUGAUGAAUCUGCCCUGGGAAAUUCUCUUGCAUGUUAUACAAAAAGCGAAUGAAGGCCCUGAGACCCUCAAGAGCUGCCGUGAUUGGUUGAAAGGUUCAGUUUUGGGUGAGCGGCUCUUUGGAUUGGCCGAGGAGCUUUGCAACACAGGGCGAGGCCAUGCCACUUUGUCCUCCAAUGAAAACACCCACAGCUGGACUCUCAUCAGCCUGGUUCUGUCUCAGCAGCACAACAACGAGCCGCUGAUCGGGGAGGUGUACCUGGAGAAGAUCCUGGAGAAGCUGCACGCCACCCUGUCUGAGACCAAGGCUCAGGCCGACCAGGGCGGCAUGGAGCCCCUGAUCUGCUUCAUCUGUGACGUGGCCUCCACCUUCUACUCCUCUGUCACCGACUGCCUCCUCCUGGCCUCCGCUGAGGAGCUGCUGCUGACAGCCUUCCAGAUCACCGCCCAGGACCACAGCAAUACACACCUGUCUGUCUCUGUUUUAUCCAAGCUCAGGGCUGUGUGUGUGGCCGGGGUCCAGGCUCUGAUGCAGCACUCUGGGGACCAGCUCCAAGAGAGUGGCUUCCUGUGCAGCGCAGCAGUCUGGGUGAAGAGGCAGCUGCUCACGGCCUCUCUGGACGUCAAGAGUUUGCAGGUUUUGGUCUCUGCAGUAGAGAGCGUGGUAGAGAUCCUCACCACGGCUCGUAACCAGGACAACCCUCUCCUCCCCAACUUCCUCUCCCUCCUGACCCCAAGCCCACAAGAGUGGAUCUCCGUCAGACAGGCCUUGCCCCCUCAGUGGAUGAAGGGUCCUCUGCUGUCGGGUCGUCUCCGUAUGACCUGUGACUACCCCUCCAUGGAUGUGUGGAAGUCCACCUUGUCGUCCCAGGUGCCAGCUCACCUCUGUGCCUGCACCCUGCUGGGGAGAGUAAUCCAGAUGGCCGCCGUGUCUCCCACAGACCAGCAGAGGGCAGACUUGUCCUUAUACUCAGACCUUAAAUACACAGUGUCUGAGCUGCUGUAUGCAGUCCAGUGGUGCGUGGAGAUGGAUCUGAGCCUCCCCACGGUGUCCCAGCACCACAGCCUGCUGACAGACAGGGGCUCGUCGGGCUGCAGGACACUGGUCCCCGUCACGGACCUGCUGCAGACCCUGUACAGCAGGUCAGUUGCAGAAGGCGGUUUGUGGUCGUUAUGUCUGGAGACGUAUCUCCAGAUGGACGCCGUGGCAACCAGCAGUAUCGGCAACGUCAGGAAGCUCUAUGGAGACCCGGCAAGUUGGUUCCCGGUGUCUCGGGCCAAACUGAGCACGCUCCAGGUUCUGUGCCCCAUCAUGACCAGAGAGGAACGGAGGUCAGUCAGUUCCCAUGCCACGGCCGGCAUCAUCAACUGGCAAGAGAACGAUGAUGUGUGUGGCUGUCUGGGGGUGCUGCUGUGCUGUCUGAAGGAGAACAGCCCUGUCCAGGUGGAGGUCUUGCAGGCGGUCCUGGCCGCCAUGAUGGAGUGGAGGAACAGCCGGGAGGACUGGUUCCUCUUCAGCAGUGAUCUGUCCAAGGCGUCGGCAGACCAGUUGAUCCUGACCGUGGAAAUGAUGCGUUUCCUGUCCUGGCUGGUCUCCAGCUCCUCCUCUGCGCUCGGAGGAUGCCAGUGGGACUUCCUGCUGUGCUGCAUGCUCGCGUGGCUCGAGACGGCCUGUGAGAACGUGAGCGGCCUGGGGAGCCCCUGGGUGCAGCUGUUUGUGUGUGAGAACGCGUCGCUGAUCGUGGAGCUGAGCCGCUUCUUCGCGGCGCCCCCCGCCACCGCCGCCGACACUCUGCCCGCCGAACUGACGGCGGAAUGGACCGACUUCUUCAUCGAGGGGAUCUACAGCCUCCUGCUCCACCUGCCCGUCAAGAUCACAGACGCCUUCACUGAGCCGGAUGACCCUCUCUUCCCAUUGGCCGUGCUGCGGUCGGUUGGUGUGGCUCUAACCUACAUUCCAGUGCCGCAGCUGCUGAAGAACUCCCUGCCGGCAAACUUGAUAGCGGACCAAAAGACCAACCUUCCCGCACCUCUACAGACCCUUCUGAACACCCUGUGCCCCCUGCUGCUGUUCAAGGCCAGGCCACUGCAGAUCACCGUCUACCUCCUCCUGGAGAAGGUAAUGGGCCAGCUGCCAGAGUGUGACGGAGAGGGGGAGAGCAGCAAGACGGAGGAGGACGCUGAGGAGCCCAGCCUGUCUCCCCCAGAGUCUCUGAUGGCGGUGCUGUCGGCGUGUGAGGACCUGUGCGAGAGCGUGCUGGCGGGGGUCCAGGUUGGGGAGUUUGCGGUGGUGCAGCCCCUCAGUGUGGAGUACUCCUGUUUCCUUGGUUACCUACUGUCCUGGAAGCUACUCCUCUCCUUCUUCAAAGCCUCCCCAUCGCAACUGAGGGUCCAGUACUCCCUGUAUCUGAAGAGGAGCCACAGCCUCCACAAGCUCCUCAUCCACCUCUUCAAGAUGAUGCCUGAGAACCCAGCCUACCCGGGCCAGGGCGCCGACACCAAGGACACCAAGACCUUCUUCACAGAGAGCCUCUCUCUGGCCGUGGACAAGACGGCGGGCGUUGAGUGGGAGCUCCCCCACCUGGCGUGCGGCGUGUACUACAGCGCGGUGCAGGACCUGCCGGCCAUGGUGCGGCUGUGGUGGAACAGCCAGGAGAAGCGCGUCAGCACCGCGGUGGAGCGCUUCAGCACGCGCCACGUCAGCCCCGUGCUGUCGGCCCAGGAGAUCUCCUCGGUGCACGCCAGCACGCAGACCUUCGACAGCAUGACGGUGAAGGCGCGCUCGGCCGCGCGGGAGGUGAUCGCCACCUACUCGGUGGACGACAUCUUCAUCGAGCUGGUGAUCCAGCUGCCCCAGAACCACCCGCUGGGCUCCAUCACGGUGGAGAGCGGGCGCCGCGUCGGCGUGGCCGUGCAGCAGUGGAGGAACUGGAUGCUGCAGCUCAGCACCUACCUCACUCACCAGAACGGCAGCAUCAUGGAGGGCCUGGCUCUGUGGAAGAACAACGUGGACAAGAGGUUCGAGGGCGUGGAGGACUGCAUGAUCUGCUUCUCGGUCAUCCAUGGCUCUAACUACUCCCUGCCCAAGAAGGCCUGCCGCACCUGCAAGAAGAAGUUCCACUCGGCCUGCCUGUACAAGUGGUUCACCUCCAGCAACAAGUCCACCUGUCCGCUGUGCAGGGAAACAUUCUUCUAGCCCGCCAUCCACCGAGGUUUUUAAAAAACACCGACCCAGAUGUGCACUGGUGCGCGUGGCAUCGAGAGACGUGGGAGAGGAACCAGACAGAGACCGACCCGGUCUGAACCACAGCACCCCCACUUUCACUACAUUGUCGUCGUGAGCUGUUUGGCUAAAGGCUGUAAUCAACGUCUGAUAACAAUGUUGUGAUAAUAACGUAGCUCUCACGCGGGACGGCAGCAUUGACUGGCGGUUACUGCUGCCUUGGAGGUAAGGUGAGUACCUGAGGCCCUUUGCUUGGCUGCAACUGUGCCGCUUAACCUGCUUUUCUGAGGUACGGUUUCACGCAUCUGCCUUCAGGUAGCACUACAACGAUCUUGGUAUAACUAAAACUUACUUUAGCCUCAGCCGAGUCCUCGUUGAUUGACAUGUUGUGUUGUUCAUUCCUUCUGUAGUGAACUACGUGAGGAUAGAGCGUCACUGCUGAUCGUAUCGCUGUCGUACAAUCCCGUCAAUAUGGCCCCUUUGUGAUUCAAAUGUGUUGAAAACCAAAACAAUUGACUGGUAUUUUUGAACCGCAUAGAAAUAGAUUUUAAUUUGGAAAUUUGAUCUGACAAUGUGUAGCUUGUUAAUAGAAAAAUUUAUCAUUCAAAAAAGUUCCGCGGAAUUAGCUUUUAUGAUUAUUUCCUAAUAUUUAGGAGUGACUGUGGGUAAAACUUAUAAAGUAUAAGGCAGGAAUGAACAUGCUGUUUAUUUCAAUUCCUCAUCCAACACUUACUAAAUAUGAAAAUAUGUUCAAAUCUCGUAUUUGCUUGCAUUAUCGCUAAUCUUGUUUUUAAAAGAUGCUGAAAUGUAAAUAAACAGAUUGAAUCUUGUGAUUUGAAUAUUUUAUUAAUUUAUAGAUUUCCUUUUGGAGUUAAUAACGUGGCCAUACAACAAAAACAAUGAUUUUUUUUAUUCAUCUUGAUUCAUGUUUGCUUACAACAAAAACGAUACAUGCGUUGUACACUCGAUGGCUGCCUACACAGUAGCCUACUUGUAUUAAAAUGCAUACUAAUAUACUGUUUACUGGACGGUGCAGCAUCCAGACUGCAUAAACACUGAUGCAACGAACUGGCUCCCUGUAUCCACUAGAGAACCCAAUCCACACUUCUUUUGAACACACACGUUUGCCGCACUCCCUACCCUGCUGGGUGAAUGACGGCCUCAUGCCAGUAGAAUCAACUGACAGCCCAUUGCCACCCAAGGGACCGUCAGACAAUGGUCUUUAAAAAAGUAAAGUCAGACAGCUGCCCUCAAGUUGGGAUUUUUUGAAAGGCAAACAUUUAAGUGGAAUUUCUUAUUUUGUGUAUCUGCCAUGCUGGGUUUAAGUGUUGAUUAGUAACUUAUUUAAACUGUGCAGUAGGUCUACCUAUCUUCAUUAUUGGUUAUCUCACACACACACACCUACACAC